AGGUUUCCCAGGCUGGCCUCCAGCUCUCUCUGUAGCUCAGCCAGGCUUGAACUUGAGAUCCCACCCCUUCCCCAGUGACUUCCAGGUCCUUGUCAUUGGACCAGGCCCCAGGUCGUCUGUGAAGCUAUCCUUGAUGUUUGCCACGCCCUCAGUGCUCUGCAGGUGCCGUUAACACUGUGGAAGUAACUCACUUAACCCGAUUGCACUGCCUGCCCUUGAAGCUGAAACCCAGGCAGAACUGAAGGCUCUAAAUAGAACAUUCUGGACAGGCGCUCAGAGCCAUCCCGUAUGCCUUGAAGGAGGUUGGCUUACUCUGCCACUAGAGGGGAGAUCUUGGGCCUGGCGAGUUUAAUCUCUCUUCACAAGGUCAGUUCUGCUGACUCCACUAAUCAGCUUGAACCUCCUAAUCCGUCCCCAGGAACUUCAGGAAACACAGCGGGUGGCUUGUGAGAGGUGGCCAGGGCCAUUGAGGCCCCUCACCUGGGCCUUUCUUCUGUAGAGUUGGUCUUCAGGGGGGAUGGGGCAGCUGAGCCAUGUGCACCACCCUCUUCCUGCUCAGCUUGGCCAUGCUGUGGCGCCGCAGAUUUGCCAACCGGGUGGAACCGGAGCCCAGCGGAGUGGAUGGGGCAGUAGUGGGCAGCAGCCCGGACACAGACCUUCAGUCCUCCGACAGGGAGAAAGAACCUGUGAGGUAGGCCCUCACUUCUUCAGGCACCUCAGCUCUGGGGACUGUAACCCACCGGCCCAGACAGCUGGAGUCCUGGUUCACCCCCUAUCCCAGGAGGAUGUGGUGGGGCUGGAAGCAGCAGCAGGAGGAGGGAGAAUGGGAGAGGCCGUCAUGGAGAAGGUCACAGCUGGCAGUGAAGCCAGGACCCGUGUCUGGGAAUCUGAUGCCAAAGCUGGUGGUGGAGAGGUCUUGAGUCUGGAGAUGAGGCCUGUGAAGAAAUGCAGGAUGUGACCUACAGACAAGGACAGACACUGCCUGCCAUGUCUGUCUGUGCAGACCUCAGUUUCCCCACUCGGUAAACAUGUUAAUUCUGCAUGGCCUGGUGCUGAGAUGUGAAGAGCUAAUGACCUCCUCAGGAAACAAGCUGUCGAGAAAAAUGAAAGGAAGUGGCCAGAUGAUCUCCAGGGGCCCCGUAGAUUACCGGCACCGAGACAGACUGUGAUAGACUGUGUCCGGAGGUGCUGACAAAGAUGUGCCUACAUGAUGGACAUUUGUGGAGUGUCUGUGUGCCAGGGUACAAAAACAGACUCGGAGCACCUGUCCAACCCAACCAGCAACUGGACAAGAUAUAAGAUGCAGACAUGACGGUGGGUGGCACACACAGCAACCUCGUGACUGUCCCGGCCUCUGCUCAGAGACAACCACUUGUCUGGUGCUCAGGGAAGGGAAACCAGGACAGGUGAAGAGACAGUGCAACACUCGUGGUGACCCACACAAACAGAAGCAGCAAUGACAAUUCAACAGGAUAUGGAAAACCAACUGCACUUGAACAGAAGCAAACUGACAGGGCGAAGACUGGGAGGGAACACUGGCCGAACACUGAAGACAAAUGGCCGGGGCGUGGCUCAGCGGUGGGCGUGGCUGGGGGGCGCUGGACUAGCAUGCACAAAGCCCUGGAUUCAGUCCUCGGCACCACACACAUCUAACAAACCCCCAAACAAGCUGGACACUGUGGUGCACUCGGGAGGC